AUGGCAAUGAGAAAUAAUGAUUAUAAUAGUGACGAUAUUGGUGAAUAUGAACAAUAUGAUGAUUUUUCUAUGUCAAAAUAUGUCUAUACCGAAUUAAGAUCUCCGCGCAAUAGUCAAAGAUUUUCUAAUUUGAAACCGACUGAAGAACAAAUGCUAUCACAAAAGAUGGCUCAAUUAUCAACGAAUGUCACCGAUGAACAAGAAUUCAUAAUAAAAUCGAUUCAAAAUGCACUGAAGAAAAUUCCAAUUUAUUUAGCAAAACAAAAUGCAUCUUUUCAGCAAAUACUAAAUCAAGCAAUAUCCACGAUAGGGAUAGAAGCAUUGAAUUCUCAUCGAGACGAACUACGAGAUAUUGCUAUUUUACUUUAUAAAAUCAUGCUACUUCAAACGUAUCAUCGUUUAUGGACAACACAUUUUAAAUCUGGUAUGGGACAAUUAAUCAAUGAUUCAGAAAAACAAUUCAUCUAUCCGACCAAUUUACAAAUUUGGUCAAAAGAAAUCAAAGCCAUUCUACAAUCAAUACAAAGGAAUAAAAUAAAUGAAAAUAAGAUGUGUUUGAAUUUUGUUCGUCAGUAUAUAAGUGAACUUGACCGUCAAUUAAAACAAACUCAAAUGGAAUGGAAUAGGAAAGCCAAUAAUUUCAACGGUUAUACAUUCAUCAUCGAGAAACUUAUGGAGAAAUAUAUUGAACAAAAUCUAUGUUCUUUACAUAUGGAAAUUGAACAUCAAAUAGAACUCGUUCAUUAUGAUUAUCAUAUACAGGCAUUAAAACAAGCAUAUGAUCGACAUCAUCCAAAUGAAUAUCAGAAAAAAUUAUUCAAACAGCUAUGCCACAGAAAAUAUGAACAAGAAAUAACAGAACAAGAACUAAAAUUUCUUCAACAACAAAUGAUUUAUUAUAAUUCGUCCAAGCAAUCAUUUGAAAACUCACCCAUAGCUCAAUCACCGUUAAUUAAUUCUAUUGAAAAUUCUGAGAUUCGACAAGAAUUACUCAAUCGCUAUAAAGCUGUUGCUGAACAAUCAAAAGCUCAAUUGUCAGCUUUCUAUAUGAAAACAGCUGAAGAACAACGAAAUGAAUUCAGAAAAAAGUAUCUUGAUGAAAUGAAGAAAAUGUGGUCUGAUCAUCGAACAUUGACUGACAAUGACAAAUUACCAAUGAAUAUGCUAUAUCUGAUAAAUGAACGGUGUAAGAAAAUUGGUGAACGUCUUCAAUUGAUAUAUAAAUUUAAAUCUCAACCUUUUGUUUGA